AUGUGCGAAGGUAGAGUGGUGGCGCGGCUUCCAACUCCGCCACCACCGCAUUUGCACAACUACAUAGGUAAGGAUGCAUCCCAUUCCACAGACCAUUCGUCUCCUUUUUCCUCUUUCCAAUGCCGCUCAUUCUUCAUUACGUACUCUUAUCACUUUUUUUCCUACCUACAAACUCUCAGCUACAUCUUUCUUCGACACACUUUCACUGCCAUGUCCCUUGCACUCCAUUUGUGUUUCUUGAGCUUUUUAUUUACCCAAUUGGACACAGAUGGAGUAAAUGCACAAGGGCUACUGCUCGAUUUGCAAAACCCAAAUCAAUGCAAAGAAAAAUGUGGGAAAGUUUUGAUACCAUUCCCGUUUUAUGUCAAUCAGUCUCACUGUGGGUCACUUUCUAAUACUUUUCGCCUCUCUUGUGUUAAUUCAUCCUCACUUUUCCUCAAUAUUGGGUUCGCAAGCUACCGGGUGCUCGAUUUUUUCCCAGACGGUGUAUUAGUGGACUUCCCCAAUACCACAAUCUGUCGUCAGUACAAUGAUUUGAAGUCAUUUACCUUUUCUGAAAAUGAAUACUUAGGCAUUUCUACUGAAAAUGUGCUUGAUUUGUAUGACUGUGAUGAUUCGUCUUUAUGCAAAGCAGAUUGCGAAAAGGGUUUUCUAAUGUCAGCUUGUGAUGGCAAAGCGGGUGACUAUCCUUCUUGCUGUUACCCUCUGUCGGACCAUAGUGUUUGGCCCGAAGGAGAAUACAGUGAUAGCUUCUCUGUUUUUUCACAGUUUGGGUGCAGGGGAUUCUCCUCUUGGGUUGCUUUGCCAGGCAGCAAAACCGCCAGGCGUGGUGUUAAGUUAGAAUGGGCUGUCCCCAGAAAUUCAACCAAAGCAACUUGUGCUGCUAAUGCAUAUGCCCUCAAUGCUUCCUCUGUUUUGUCAGGGAUGAGAUGCCAAUGUCAAGAUGGAUUUGUUGGUGACGGCUUUUCUGCCGGAGCUGGAUGUCUCAAAUCCUGCUUCAAGGAUGGAAAGAAAGUGUACGGUAAUGAUUGUUACCCUGUUAACCACAGAAGAAAGAAAGCAGCACUUCUAGCUGGAAUCUUAACUUCGGCUUUGGCGAUUGCAUCCUUGACAGCACUUUUUUGUCUUCUGAAAUGGCCUAUUAAGUCAGAUGUAUUUAUUUCUGAUAAGGCCCGCUGUCAAAAUACCAUUUUAUCAAGAAAACCCUGCACGACUAGAUUAUUUACUUACCACGAGCUUGAGGAAGCCACAAGAGGAUUUGAAGAUGGGCAGAAAAUCGUUGAUGGCACUAAGACCACACUGUAUGCUGGAAUUCUUAUAGAUGGAUUGCACAUCGUUGUGCAAAUGGUACAGUGUGAGAGCCAAAGAGACCUCAUUCAAGUUCUGUCCAGAGUGGAGGCGUUAUCUGCCAUUUCACACAAGAACUUGGCAUGUCUCGUUGGAUGGUACAUUGAUUCUGGAUACACUCCCCUGGUGGUUUAUGAAUAUCCUGCAAAUGGAACCCUUGAGGAACAUUUGCAUCAAACACAAGAUCAAAAGAUAGCUCUCGACUGGUACAAGAGAUUGAAUAUUGCUGCUGAAACUGCGUGUAUUCUUGCAUUCCUCCAUGAAAUUUCGCCUCCAAUCUUCCACCAUAAUCUACACUCUGGUUGCAUCUUUUUAGAUGAGGAUUUCUGUGUAAAGCUUGCUGGGUUUGACCUACUCAAUGCUGUCCAUGAGGAUGUUUGCCAUUCAAGUGGAAAGUUUGAAGUUUCACAUUGCAGGAGGAAUGAUGUGUAUGGCAUUGGCCUUGUACUUCUAGAGCUUAUCACAGGCACUGCACCAUUGAAUUUUUCAACAGCUCUGCAGAAGAUAAAGAAUGGAAAGCUUGAAGAAAUUGUGGAUCCGAGUCUAUACUAUCACGAGCAACCACCAUUUUGCCGGGAGCAGAUAGAGAUAAUGGCAGACCUCGCAACAAGGUGCUUACUGUUUGGUGCUGAUGGCAAACUCAGUAUGGUUGAUGUAGCCAGGGAGUUGGUGCACAUCACAAAAGACAAUCUAGAUGGGAGUAGGAGGGGUCCUGCACUGGAGGAAACAUUUUCCAAUUCAAGCCUCCUUCAGAUGAUAUCUCUGUCACCUGACUCUAUAUAUGUUCCGUCAAACAAUCUUGCUUCCCAAAUCUGA